UAGUCUUUGUUGAGUGAAAGAUUUCUUUUUUUUAUAUAUAAAAUUUAUGAAUCAUUAAAUAGAUAGGAGAUGUGAUAGUGAAAAAAAAUGAAAUGCGAAAAUAUUUGAAGAAUUUCCAUACGCACGAGAAGAGAUUUUUGGCAUGCCCGUCAACGAAAUAUAACAAAUGACAACAUAAAUUAACGAAAAAUUUUGCGUACGUUGAAGAUAAAUCAGUUUCCUCCACAAAUUUUGCAUAUUAAAUAAUAUCGUAGACAAAAUUCUUCGCAAAAAAACGAAAAUUCAAAUAAUUACUCAUAAAAAAAAGUGUAAAAAGUGAUAUAACGACGAUACAAAGAAAUGAGCGGAAAAAGUUGUCCUUCGAAUCGUUUUAGUGUCAAUUAAACGACGACCAUUAAACUGUGCCAUAAUUUAUCAUUUUUUUUAAAAAGCAAAGAAGAUAAGAAAAUCUCGUUGAAAAAAUUUUCUUUUUCGAAAGUGGACAAAAAAAAAUAAAAAUAGACACCGCACGCAAAAACAACAAGGAAAACAUUAAUUAUAUUAGAAAAUUAGUUUAUAAAUAAAGUGCCAGCUGGCUUGGCCCAAGUAAUAAACUUACUUUCUGCGUCUGCGAGUAAAAAUAAAUACAAUCGUGCACAGAUAACGCGAGAGCUGAUAAACACUUUUUGAUGAUCUCAAACAGCUUUUAAGUAUUAAGCACAACAAAAAAAAACACAAACACAAUGGGAAAAACACUUUUUAUCAUAAUUAUCAUUCUCACAACUGCCAUCACAUAUUCCAGUACGUGGAAGCGCGAUCGAAGACCCCGAAUUUACGGAGAUCGCAUCCAAAAUCGACAUAUUUCGCCGCGGAUGCGACGCGUGCAGAACAGAAUUAUCAUGUUACAUGACUAUUUUCGGACCAAAGUGCGACCCAAAGCUGCCAAUAUGCUACGAAUGAAUUGGCAUCACGGGGCGGCACGUGCAGCGCAAAGGUGGGCCGAUCAAUGCCUCUUGUUGCAACACGAUACCCCCAAAGGGCGUUGGGUCGACAAUUUCGGGAGUUGUGGUCAGAACAUUUUCGUGUCAACGCAAAAAGUUUCGUGGUUAUUUGCGAUGCAAACGUGGUUCAUAGAACGCCACAACUUCACAUAUGGCUCCAAUCGGAAUCAUUUGCACGUCGUUGGACAUUAUACGCAGAUGGUGAAUGCCGCAACGCACAAAGUUGGAUGCGGAUUGACGAGAUGCAAGUCGGGCGGGCCACGAGGGAAGCCUUUUUACAAUUAUGUCUGCAAUUAUUGCCCGAUUGGCAAUCAUCCAGACAGACUCGGAACUCCAUAUAUGCGAGGAAAGCCAUGUAGCGCGUGCCCCCACGCUUGUUUGUCGAGAGAUAUAAGACUUUGCACUAAUGAAUGCAACGCUGCCGAUAAGCUAUCAAACUGUAAAGAGCUGUAUCAGAGGUUCCCCGGAUGGCUUUGUAACGAAGUAACGAAGGAAGGAUUGGAGCGACAUGACAAUUGUAAAGCCACUUGUACAUGUCGCGGACGAAUACACGACUUUAAUUGAGACCGUUUGUUAAUAAAUUUGGAAAAAUUCCAUCAUUUUCCUUUAUUUAAGUGUUUUUUCAUUUCCAAAUC